CGGGGCCACCCCCAGGCCGAGCCGGGCGGGACAGCGAGCCUGGCGGCCGCGCCCCCAAACAGCUGUGCGCGGCGCUCGAGCGGGAACCGAGCGCGCGGAGGUCCGGGGCCAUGGAGAAAGCGCGGCCGCUCUGGGCCAACCCGCUGCAGUUCGUGUUCGCCUGCAUCUCCUACGCCGUGGGCCUGGGCAACGUGUGGCGCUUCCCCUACCUGUGCCAGAUGUACGGUGGAGGCAGCUUCCUCGUGCCCUACAUCAUCAUGCUCAUCGUGGAGGGGAUGCCGCUCCUGUACCUGGAACUGGCGGUGGGGCAGCGCAUGCGGCAGGGCAGCAUCGGCGCCUGGAGGACCAUCAGCCCCUACCUCAGCGGUGUGGGUGUCGCCAGCGUGGUGGUGUCCUUCUUCCUGUCCAUGUACUACAACGUCAUCAACGCCUGGGCCUUCUGGUACCUCUUCCACUCCUUCCAGGAUCCCCUGCCGUGGUCUGUCUGUCCCCUGAACAGCAACCACACGGGCCUGGAUGAGGAGUGCGAGAAGGCUUCGUCCACACAGUACUUCUGGUACAGAAAGACCCUCAACAUCUCUCCAUCCAUCCAGGAGAACGGGGGCGUGCAGUGGGAGCCAGCACUGUGCCUCAUUCUGGCCUGGCUCGUGGUGUACCUGUGCAUCCUGCGGGGCACCGAGUCCACUGGCAAGGUGGUGUAUUUCACGGCAUCGCUCCCCUACUGUGUGCUCAUCAUCUACCUGAUCAGGGGCCUCACGCUACAUGGAGCCAUCAAUGGCCUGAUGUACAUGUUCACCCCUAAGAUGGAGCAACUGGCCAACCCCAAGGCCUGGAUCAAUGCCGCCACCCAGAUCUUCUUCUCCCUCGGCCUGGGGUUUGGCAGCCUGAUCGCCUUUGCCAGCUACAAUGAGCCCUCUAACAACUGCCAGAAGCACGCCAUCAUCGUGUCCCUCAUCAACAGCUCCACCUCCAUCUUCGCCAGCAUCGUCACCUUCUCCAUCUAUGGCUUCAAGGCCACCUUCAACUAUGAAAGUUGCCUGAACAAGGUGAUCCUGCUGCUGACCAAUGCUUUUGACCUUGAAGAUGGCUUUUUGACCGCCAGCAACCUGGAGCAGGUGAAAGGCUAUUUAGCAUCUGCCUUCCCUGACAAAUAUGGCGAAGUGUUUCCACAAAUCAAAAACUGCAGCUUGGAAGCAGAGCUGGACACGGCAGUCCAGGGCACUGGCCUGGCUUUCAUCGUCUACACCGAGGCCAUUAAGAACAUGGAGGUGUCCCAGCUGUGGUCUGUGCUCUACUUCUUCAUGCUGCUGAUGCUGGGCAUUGGGAGCAUGCUGGGGAACACGGCGGCCAUCCUCACCCCGCUGACCGACAGCAAGGUCAUCAGCAGACACCUGCCCAAGGAGGCCAUCUCAGGUCUGGUGUGCCUCGUCAACUGCGCCAUCGGGAUGCUGUUCACCAUGGAGGCCGGGAACUACUGGUUCGACAUAUUCAACGACUACGCGGCCACGCUGUCCCUGCUGCUCAUCGUCCUGGUGGAGACUGUCGCCGUGUGCUACGUGUACGGGCUGAGGAGAUUUGAAAAUGACCUUAAGGCCAUGACCGGCCGCACACUGAACUGGUACUGGAAGGCCAUGUGGGCUGGCGUGAGCCCGCUGCUCAUCAUCAGCCUCUUCAUCUUCUACCUGAGCGACUACAUCCUCACGGGGACCCUGCAGUACCAAGCCUGGGACUCCUCCCAGGGCCAGCUCGUGACCAAGGAUUACCCCACCUACGCGCUGGUUGUCAUCGGGCUGCUGGUGGCCUCCUCCACCAUGUGCAUCCCCCUGGUGGCCCUGGGGACCUUCAUCACGCGCCGUCUCAAGAGGGGAGACACAGCUCCUGUGGCCUGA